AUGGUAAAACAGAGAGUUAAUCAAGUGGAGGGACAGACUGAAUAUGCAUUUGUCAUUCAAAAUGAUGGCAAGGAUACUGAUAGACUGAAUGUCUGCUUGGGAAAUGUUCAUCUGAGGAUGCUGGUGGACUCAGGUGCUUCCAGCAAUAUUAUAGAUGAGAAAACAUGGGAGAAACUGAAAUCUGAGAGAAUUAAAUGUCAUUCGUACAUCCCAGAUACAAAGAAAAAUUUGUUCUCUUACUCAUCUGAUCAGCCUUUGCCGGUAAAGGGAGCAUUUAAAUGUGAUGUAACAAUAGGCAGUCGGAUGGUACAUGCUGAGUUUAUUGUUAUAGAAGGAACUGGUGAACCUCUGCUAGGGAGAGAUACAGCCAUGGAGCUUGGAGUACUCAAAAUUGGGACAGAUAUUGCAGCGGUAACAGACCUUAAACAAUCACUCCAAUCACAAUACCCAGAAGUGUUUCAGGGAGUUGGUAAGCUGAAAACUAAGCAAAUCUGUCAGUACAUAGAUCAAACAGUCCAGCCAGUAGCCCAGCCCUUAAGAAGAAUACCAUUUAAUCUGAGGGGUCCUGUGGAAGAUAAAAUCAAAGAACUCUUAGAGAUGGACAUUAUAGAAGAAGUAAAUGGACCCACUCCAUGGGUCAAUCCUGUUGUAAUUGUGCCAAAAGCUAAUUCUGAAAUCAGACUUUGUCUUGACAUGCGGCAGGCCAAUCGAGCAAUCAUCAGAGAACGAUACCCUAUUCCUACAGUAGAUGAACUUCUACAAAGUAUGAACGGAUCAAUGAUUUUCAGCAAAUUGGAUCUGAAAUGGGGUUACCAUCAGUUAGAGCUGACACCAGAAUCUCGCCAGAUCACAACUUUUGCAGUUCAUAAUGGAGUGUACAGAUAUAAGCGUCUCAUUUUUGGAGUAUCAUCUGCAAGUGAGCAAUAUCAACAUGAGAUAGCUGCUGCACUUACUGGAAUAGAGGGAGUUGAAAACAUCUCUGAUGAUAUAAUUGUGCAUGCUCCGGACCAAAAAACACACAGCCAACGCCUACAUGCCGUCUUGAAGCGCAUAAGAGAAUGCGGACUGACUUUAAAUCCGGAAAAAUGUCAGUUUUGCAUAGAUCGCUUAAACUUCAUGGGAAUCCUGCUGACACAGAAAGGGAUUGGGCCCACUGAAGAAAGAGUCAGGGCUGUAGUGGAAGCCCGAGAACCACAAAACGUCUCUGAAAUUAGAAGUUUUCUCGGACUUGUCAGUUACAGUAGCAGAUUUAUUCCACAAUUUGCAACACUGGCGGAGCCAUUAAGACGUCUUACCAGAAAGGAAACAGAAUUUGUCUUCGGACAUGAACAGAAAAGGGCAUUUAAUGCUCCAAAGGAGGAACUUGCAAAAGCAGGGACUUUGGCAUACUUUGACAAAGAUGCACCAACCCAGGUUAUAGCUGAUGCGAGCCCUGUAGGGGUGGGGGCAGUACUAACGCAGUGUCAAAAGGGUCAAAUGGUGCCAGUGUGCUACAUAAGCAGAAGUUUAUCAGAUUGUGAGAGACGGUACUCCCAGACAGAGAGGGAGGCCCUUGCUCUUGUAUGGGCUUGUGAAAGGCUUCACCCGUAUAUCUAUGGGAGACAGUUUGACUUGCUCACAGACCAUAAACCGUUAGAGUCAAUAUAUGGUCCACGUUCUAAGCUAUGUGCCCGCAUAGAGCGGUGGGUUUUACGUCUCCAACCACAUGACUUUAAGAUUGUCUAUGUUUCAGGAAAAGAGAAUAUUGCUGACCCUUUGUCACGACUUUUAGGGAGCACAGCAAUGAGAGAGAAACACUCACAUGACUCGGAUGAGUAUGUGAGAUUUGUAGCCAUUAGUGCCACUCCAAGAGCCCUAACCACAAGGGAGGUGGAAGAAGCUUCAGAAAAAGAUGCAGAACUGACAGAAGUGCGAAGAGCUAUUGAAAGUGGACACUUUGAAAAGUGUAUGUCUUAUGCAGCCAUAGCUAAUGAGCUGUGCACAAUAGGCUAUCUGGUUUUACGUGGAACACGUAUUGUACUUCCAAAAACAUUACAAGCACGAGCACUAGCACUUGCCCAUGAGGGACAUCUAGGUAUAGUUGGAACUAAGCAGCAUCUCAGAACCAAAGUAUGGUGGCCUGGCAUGGACAGAGCUGCUGAGAAACAUUGUAAAUCGUGUCAUGGCUGUCAAAUUGUCUCUCGUCCUGAUGCUCCUGAGCCACUACAACCUUUACUAUUACCUGAUGGACCGUGGCAAGAUUUAGCAGUGGAUCUGCUGGGGCCCUUGCCUUCGAAACAUUCAAUUCUGGUUGUUGUGGAUUAUUAUAGCAGGUAUUAUGAGUAUGAUAUAAUGACCUCCACCACAACUUCAAAUGUGAUUGACAGCCUAGAGGGCAUAUUUAGCCGACAUGGACUUCCCUUAACACUCAAAUCAGACAAUGGACCUCAGUUCAGGUCAGACGAAUUCAAAGCUUUCUGUGAAGGGAAUGGAAUUAAACAUCUGAAAACAACACCUAAAUGGGCCCAGGCUAACGGUGAAGUUGAGCGUCAGAAUGCCUCUAUCAUGAAACGUAUUCGAAUUGCGCAGUCUGAGGGACUGGACUGGCAAAAGGAUCUCAGGAGGUAUGUUACAGUAUACAGAAGAAUUGUACACAACACAAGAGGAAAAAGUCCAGCUGAACUCUUGUUUAAAAGGAAAAUGAGAGGCAAGCUACCUGAACUCACAUCUGUGGAUACAGAUCUCGAAGUUCAUGAUUAUGAUGCUGAGAAAAAAGGAAAAUACAAACUGUACGCUAAUGAACACCGCAAAGCACAACAAUCAAGUGUAGAGGUUGGAGAUCAAGUUUUGAUCAGACAGGACAAGACUGAUAAAUUCACCACACCAUUCAGUGCAACACCUCACACAGUAAUCAGAAGAGCUGGAAACCAAAUAACUGUCGAACCACCAACUGGAGCUCAAUAUAGCCGCAAUACAACAUUUGUGAAGAGAUAUGUGGAGAAAGAAACAGAAGACAGCCAGGGUAACAAAAAAGCAGAAGAUGCCAGCUGUUCUGGGGACACAAAUCAAAAGAAACUGCUAGAGGGAUCAGUUAGACCUGUAUCCACAACAGAGUGUGAACAAAAUGCCUCAUAUGAGAAGCCCAAAAGAUUACCAAAAAAAUUUACAGACUUUGUCAUUAGUUGA